GCCACCGCUGGGGUGAGAGCAGUUGGACACACCACCGAGUUAAGAGGCGAGAGGUUGACGUAUAAGCAGCUAGAGCAGUGGCUGGAGGAUCCCUCGUCAAGGUCGUUUCAGUUCAAGAUUUCUAAGAGAAGAAGAGAAGAGAGGGGAGAAGAUGCAGGACUGGGCGCCGGUGUUCAUCUCGCUGGUGCUCUUCAUCCUGCUGUCGCCGGGCCUGCUGUUCCAGAUCCCCGGCAAGUGCCGGAUCAUCGAGUUCGGCAACUUCCACACCAGCGCUCUCUCCAUCCUCGUCCACUCCAUCCUCUUCUUCGCUCUCAUCGCCAUCUUCCUCAUCGCCAUCGGCGUGCACAUGUACCUCGGGUCCUAGCUGGUAGCUUUUUUUAGCCUGAUGCCUACCUGCCUGCCGAUGGUGUUCGUCGAUCAGCUUGCAGCUCGAUCGUGUUCUUCUCUGCUAGUCGCCCAUCUCUAAUUAAGGGGUUCUUUUUUCUAUACACAUGUAUUGAAUAACAAUGUAUGUACCAUCCAUGCAUGUUCAUUUCUUUCUUCUUCUAAUAAUAAUAACAAAUUGAAGUUCAGUCUUUAAUUUGCUUUGGCA